UCGAAUAAAACCAGUGACUUUUACUCUUAAAAAGGUUAGACUGUGAGAGUUGAUCGUCACAUUCGGUCCAAGUAGCAGCUGGAGAAAUGAAGUCGUUUGUAUUCCUCUUGCUAAUUGCCACAAUCGCGUGCAUCUCCGUUAUCCAUUCGGCGCCAGUCUCCCUCACAAGAAACAAUCAUCGAGUUGAUCAACCUCUCGGAUUUCUUACCAAUUUUAUUCUGAAUAAACGAGCCCGGGUAGUUCAAACUCCUGUUGUUGUCUCCGAAGGGAAGAAACGGGCUGUCGACAGUGGAGCUUCUACUUCUCCACGUUACACGAAUACUUACUGGAAAUCAAUUAAACCAAAGACACUCGCACAUUCCGUCAAAACGGACAGCAACGAUGCGGGAAAAUCGAAGCCAGUGAUCGAUCUGCUGUUAUUCGGGGAUCUCACUAAUCGCAACCAGAGGACCGCGGAGGUCACUGCGGCCGAAGCAAUCCUGGAAGAACUUUCAUCUGCCUCCGACCUUGUGGAGGCUCCGGUUGUUGAAAUCGUCGAAAUAAAAGCGGAAGAAAUUCCACCUGCCGAAGUUGAGACUCCCGUUGUUGAACUAGUUGAAAUCGUCCAAAUUGCGGAAGCAGUUGCCGCACCGGAAACCGUCGCUGUGGCGACGGCAGAAGCAAGUUCCGCUGCAACCGAUGCAUCCGCAACAGUAUCUGCCGCUACCAGCAGCGCUGUUUCUGAAACUGUUGAAAAAGAAAGUCCAGCCAAAGCCAUCGAAGUCCCAGUCACCAGUUCGAAAAAAGUGGUGUACGUUGACAAUACUCGGGAUUUCCGAGUCACUUUAGAAGUAAUUAAAGUUGAAUUUGAUCCUGUUUACCAUCACGAAUCGACUGUCGAGACCGUGUCUGAGAGCUCUAACGCGGUCGAAAAAGCGCCGGUUGCAUCAGUGGAAGCCUCGGCCGGAGCAAGUACUUCCAUCAGCACAGGUGACUCUGCAUCCGCCACGGCCGUUACCGAAGCUGCCGCCGUCAGCAUCCCUGUCGAUCUGGUUAUUCUUAUCGAGACUGAUGGUGUUAGCUCCGCUGCUGAAGUAGCACCAGCCGCCGUUGAUUCCAUUUCUUCUGUUGAUGCCAUUCCUGGUGUGGAUUCAGCUCCUGUCACUGUCGUUGCUACUCCUGUUGUUUCAGCUUCUGCAACUGCAGUUGAAGCUCCUGCAACUGCCGUUGAAAAUUAUUCUGGAACGGCAGUUGAGGCAUCUGCAACUGCCGUUUCAGCUUCUGCAACUGCAGUUGCGGCUCCUGCGACUGCUGAUGUUGAAGCCUCUGCAAUUGUUGUUGAAGCUUCUGCAAUUGCCGUUGCGGCUCCUGCCACUGUCAUUGCUAUUCCUGUUGUCGAAGUACCAGUUCCUUCUGUAGUUGACUCGGCAGCUCCAUAUGUUAGACCUGGAGUCACUCCCGAAGCUCCUGCCGUCGGGGCUUCUGAUGCGGCAACGAAAACUGGUGGAGUUGAAGGAACAAAAGGUUCCGCAAGUUCCGGAGGUGGAGCCGAAGGAAAAGGCAAAGGAGGCAGAUAUUGGGAAACCGGAGGUGAUUCUGACAGUGAAGAAGAUUAAAGGCCAUCGCAAUAAUGAAAUGUUUCGUCUGUUUCAUCCCACCAAUUAAGUUCAUCCCUUUUUCUAAUCGACAGUUCAUUUAUUGCGCGUCCGCUACAUUUACAAAUAUCUAAAAGAGCUUUUGAUAUCUAUUAGAUCCGUACGAAACAAAAUGUAUAUUCGUUGGGUAGCGUAUAAUUCGUAUCUCAAUGACAAAGUCCUUUGAUUUUUUCCCCCUCCCCGUUAUUCGCACGUAACUAAAGUUUUGAAUAUAAAUUUUGCUUGGCCAAACUCCGGUAACCUUAUGUCAAAUACAAUGUGUAGUUUUCUAUUA